CCUCCACGCAUUCUUCCUGCUCCGGCCCCGCCGCGCUGCCGCUGCCGCUGCUGCUGCCGCUGCCGCUGCCGCUGCCGUUGCCGGAGAUGGCGAAGGGCACCACCGCCAUGGAGGUGCGCGCCGACGGCGUCGCCGUCAUCACCAUCUCCAACCCGCCCGUCAACGCCCUCUCCUUGGACGCCAUAGCCAGUUUGCAGAGGAACUAUGCGGAGGCUCUAAGCAGGAGCGAUGUCAAGGCAAUCGUCCUCACUGGUGCCAAGGGGAGGUUUUGCGGCGGAUUCGAUAUAACUGCAUUUGGAAAAAUGCCAAAAAACGAGAAGCCCGGAUCCAUGUCGAUUGAUUUCUUGAGUGACAUAGUGGAAGAUGCUCGCAAACCGUCAGUGGCUGCUAUAGAUGGCAUUGCUCUGGGUGGCGGAUUGGAGGUUGCAAUGGUUUGCCAUGCUCGUAUUUCAACACCAUCAGCUCAACUAGGGCUGCCUGAACUCCAACUUGGGAUCAUUCCUGGACUGGGAGGAACCCAACGGCUUCCCCGCCUUGUUGGCCUCCAAAAAGCCCUUGAGAUGCUGUUGAUGUCAAAGGCAAUAAAAGGAAGGGAGGCACAUGAACUCGGUUUAGUUGAUGCCAUAACUUCAGCUAACGAAUUGGUCAACACUGCCUGUUCCUGGGCUCUAGAAAUUGUUGAAAAAAAGAGACCAUGGUUCAAGAGUCUCUACAGAACUGAUAGGCUUCCAGAUCUUGUGGAAGUAAGGGAUAUUCUUAAAUUUGCAAGAGUUCAAACAAAAAAUGAGGCUCCUAAUGUUCCGCAUCCCAUAGUUUGCAUUGAUGUUAUUGAAGAGGGAAUAGUCUCUGGGCCUCGUGUUGGCCUCAUGAAGGAAGUGCUCUCCGCAAAAAUGCUUCAGCAGACUCAAACAAGCAAAAGCUUAAGACACAUUUUUUUCGCUCAGCGUGCUACUUCAAAGAUUCCAAACAUUACCAACAUAGGUUUGACACCACGGAAAAUAAAAAAGGCAGCUAUUGUUGGGGGUGGUCUAAUGGGAUCUGGAAUUGCAACAGUGUUGAUAUUGAACAACUUCAAGGUUAUCUUGAAAGAAGUAAAUGAACAGUCCUUAUCUGCAGGCAUUAACAGAGUUAAAGGCAAUCUUCAGAGUUUUGUCAGACAGGGACAACUUACCAAAGAGGAUUGUGAAAAUAAAUUUUCCCUAGUAUCUGGUGUUCUUGACUAUGAACAGUUCAGAGAUGCAGAUUUAGUCAUUGAGGCAGUUAUUGAGGAUGUAUUGCUGAAGCAGCAAAUAUUUUCUGACCUUGAGAAGUACUGCCAUCAUAAUUGCAUAUUUUCAACAAACACUUCAAUGAUAGACCUGAACUUAAUUGGCCAGAAGACAACUUCUCAGGAUCGCAUCCUUGGCGCACACUUCUUUAGUCCAGCUCAUGUCAUGCCACUGUUGGAAAUAGUUCGUACCCAUCAGACUUCCUCGCAAGUUGUUGUGGACUUGCUUGAUGUGGCAAAGAAGAUACGGAAGACAGCAAUAGUUGUUGGCAACUGUACAGGUUUUGCUGUCAAUCGGGUGUUCUUUCCUUACAGUCAGGCAGCUUCUUUUCUUGUUGACUAUGGUCUAGAUGUGUAUCACAUAGAUCAUGUGAUCACACAAUUUGGAAUGCCAAUGGGGCCCUUCCGAUUAGCUGAUCUUAUUGGCUUUGGUGUUGUUACUGCCACAACAAAGCAAUAUUUCCAAAGUUAUCCUGAACGAUGUUACAAAUCAAUGCUGCUGCUUCAGAUUAUGCUCGAAGAUAAUAGGACAGGUGAAUCUUCUCGUAAGGGCUUCUAUGUAUAUGACAAUAAGCGAAAAGCAUCUCGAGAUCCUGAUUUGAGAAAGUAUGUUGAGAAAUCAAGGGACAUGGCGGGUGUAAAGCAAGAUCCUAAGCUGAUGAAAUUAACAGAUAAUGACAUUGUGGAGAUAAUCUUCUUUCCUGUGGUGAAUGAAGCCUGCCGAGUGCUUGAUGAGGGAAUUUCUCUGAAAGCAUCUGACCUCGAUGUAGCUUCGGUUAUGGGAAUGGGUUUCCCGUCUUACAGGGGUGGAGUGAUGUUUUGGGCUGACUCACUUGGCGCAAAAUACGUGUACGACAGACUGGAGGCAUGGUCGAAGGAUUACGGGGAGUUCUUCAAACCCUGCGAAUAUCUAGCUGCAAGAGCUCGUCAGGGUGCAUCUCUGGCUGCCAAGCUUGACAGUGCUAAAUCACGGCUCUAGGGUUUCACUGUUCAUUUGCCCAGUCGUGGUUGUUAGUUUAUACAGAGUUCGGUCCCAUUGUUUCUCCAAAUUCAAGUACAUGCUGUUGCCAAACACCCGCAAGCAUCAGGAGUUUGAUUGUUACAAUCAUGCAGUUGCAAAAGAUGCACAGGGAACAACACUGGAACGGAAUAGGAAGGUCUAGCGAUUGUAUGGGCCUUCCUGGAACUGCUGUGGGUCUGCAGAGAACAGUUCCAGGGAGCUCCUCCUAAACGUUGUAGGGGGUUGUGGACUUUGUUUACAGGGAAUUCCUCCAAAAUCUAGGAAUUCAUGGUCACCAGUGUCUGUCUGGUGCGACAUUUCAGUUCUGUUGCUCGAUAAGUACAAUUUUCAUAUGUACGUAACAUGCGAUUGUAUACCAAAAUAAUGCACCGAGCCGCGUAUUGUUUUCCCCG